AUGCCUUCGCUGUGGAAACGGAUAACGUUCUCGGUGGCCUCGGUGCUCUGUGUGGGCUCGGUGGUCCUCCUGGUAGUGGCCCUGUCCACGGAGCGGUGGGUCACCGGACGGAUCCUGUGUAAAACCGGGGCGGAGAUAGUGAACGCGUCUCACCCGGAGCUGCAUCAGUUCAUCGGGGACAUUUACUACGGUUUGUUCCAGGGAGGAAAGACCAAGAAGUGCGGGCUCGGCAAGAGGCGCUCCAAAAUAUACAUUUUCCCAAAGCUUGUGCGGACGUUGAACGGCGGCCUUCACAUGAUGGUGAUCCUCUUCCUGUUGGUGGCCGUGGGCUUCGCGUUUGUCAGCCUGUCCUUCUGCAUUUACAACGCACGCAAGGUCCCCUACCAGAGCAUCAAAGGGCACAAGGGGCUCUACCUGUGGAACUUCAUUGCUGCUCUUUUCGGCGCCCUGGCCGUGCUGUGUUUCCUGGCAGCCGUGAGGCACCACAGUCUGACCGAGAGGGUGGCCAACUAUCGCGAGAACCUCUUUGUGCUCGUCGUCCUGGAUGACAGCCUGGACUGGUCUUUCUGGCUGGGUGUUGGCAGUGUUGCGACUCACUUUGCCGUAUGUGGAGUGGUUGCCAUGAGCCGGAUCAAGCUGCCCAAACCGGAGAUCAAGAAACCUGAAGAACCCACAAUCUCUUCUCUGGACCUGCUCUACUGA